CCAUGAUUGGUUGGCGCUGGGGCGGCGGGCGGUGGGGGUCCUUGGCAAGUCUAGGUUUCCAGCCGGUGCUGGACUUUCCCUUUCCAUGUUCCAAGGCUGUGGGGGACUGCAGAGGGUGGGGAGUCAGCUCGGCGGAGACCUGGAUUUGGUUCUAAGAGCCGCGGGGUUGAGAAGGGGUGACCGGAAGUGAUUUUAGGACUGACCGGAAGCGAGGCCUGGAGGGGAAAGGGAGAGCGGGUCCCGGGAGGGAGGGGGGCUUCCAGGAGGAGGGGACGGGGAGAAAGGUGCGAAAGCGCCGUGGGAGCGCCGGGUAGGCAGUGGGGUCGCUGCUGCUGAUCUGUUUGGGAGGCAGCGAGUGACCACCACGAACUCAAGGGGAGAGCCCAAGCAGUGGGAGUGCGGGAGUCUAGGGCUGCCUCUGGGGAAUCUGGAAUAGCUAAGCCCAGGGGCCCUCGCACGUCUCCAAAGAGCUGGGUGGGAGAGAUUUUGGAAGUCGAGGCAGGACCUGGGAACCGAGGGUAAGGUGGUUUAGUUGUGCGGGCAGUGUGGUUCAGGCUUGCGGGUGGCCGGUGGGGACGGCGUGGGAGAACCUGGUUUGGAGUUUUCCACAGUCUUGCCCCCACUGGGUAGAAUCCCACUACUUGCCUUUGUACAAGAAACGGUGUCUCCCGGGGCAAGAAAGGAGCCAGCAUGGCCUGGGCUCUGAAGCUGCCUCUGGCCGAUGAAGUGAUUGAAUCUGGGCUGGUGCAGGACUUUGAUGCUAGUCUGUCCGGGAUCGGCCAGGAACUGGGUGCUGGUGCCUAUAGCAUGAGUGAUGUCCUUGCAUUGCCCAUUUUUAAGCAAGAAGAAUCAAGUUUGCCCCCUGAUAAUGAGAAUAAAAUCCUACCUUUUCAAUAUGUGCUUUGUGCUGCCACCUCUCCAGCAGUGAAGCUCCAUGAUGAGACCCUGACAUAUCUCAAUCAAGGACAGUCCUAUGAAAUUCGUAUGCUAGACAAUAGGAAACUUGGAGAACUUCCAGAAAUUAAUGGCAAGUUGGUGAAGAGCAUAUUCCGGGUAGUGUUCCAUGACCGCCGACUACAAUACACUGAACAUCAGCAGCUGGAGGGCUGGAGGUGGAACCGACCUGGAGAUAGAAUUCUUGACAUUGAUAUCCCAAUGUCUGUGGGUAUAAUCGAUCCUAGGGCUAAUCCAACCCAACUGAACACAGUGGAGUUCCUGUGGGACCCGGCAAAGAGGACAUCUGUGUUUAUUCAGGUGCACUGCAUUAGCACAGAGUUCACUAUGAGGAAGCAUGGUGGAGAAAAGGGAGUGCCGUUCCGCGUACAGAUUGAUACCUUCAAGGAAAAUGAAAACGGGGAAUAUACUGAGCACUUACACUCAGCCAGCUGCCAGAUCAAAGUCUUCAAGCCCAAAGGUGCAGACAGAAAGCAAAAAACAGAUAGGGAAAAAAUGGAGAAACGAACACCUCAUGAAAAGGAGAAAUAUCAGCCUUCCUAUGAGACAACGAUACUCACAGAGUGUUCUCCAUGGCCUGAGAUCACAUAUGUCAAUAACUCCCCAUCACCUGGCUUCAACAGUUCCCACAGCAGUUUUUCUCUUGGGGAAGGAAAUGGUUCACCAAACCACCAGCCAGAGCCUCCCCCUCCAGUCACAGAUGUAAGUCUAAAGUUAAAUAACCUCUUGCCAACAACCACACCUCAGGAAGCUCAGCAGUGGUUGCAUCGAAAUCGAUUUUCUACGUUCACAAGGCUUUUUACAAACUUCUCAGGGGCAGAUUUAUUGAAACUAACUAGAGAUGAUGUGAUCCAAAUCUGUGGCCCUGCAGAUGGAAUCAGACUUUUUAAUGCAUUAAAAGGCCGGAUGGUGCGCCCAAGGCUAACCAUUUAUGUUUGUCAGGAAUCCCUGCAGUUGAGGGAACAACAGCAGCAGCAGCAGCAGCAGCAGCAGAAGCGUGAGGACGGAGACUCAAAUGGGACUUUCUUUGUGUACCACGCCAUCUAUCUAGAAGAGCUGACCGCUGUUGAACUGACAGAAAAAAUUGCUCAGCUUUUCAGCAUUUCCCCUCGCCAGAUCAGCCAGAUCUACAAGCAGGGGCCAACAGGAAUCCAUGUGCUCAUUAGCGAUGAGAUGAUACAGAACUUUCAGGAAGAAGCCUGUUUUAUUCUGGACACAAUGAAAGCAGAAACGAAUGAUAGUUAUCACAUCAUACUGAAGUAGGUGCGGGGCGUCCCAUCCUCUGGCUGCUGCUUCCUUCACCUCUUGGAAGCUUCCCCCAUGCAGGGAAGUGCUUGCUAAUGGAGAUAUGAAGGUCCGCAGGAGCCUGACCCGUCUGACUGUGUGUGGGGGAGUCCAGGCCGUGGAGGCAGCAUCCAGCCAUCUGUCAGCCCAAGCUCUUGGGCACACACAGAUUCUUGCCCAACACCCACUUCUGCAGCUGUCUCUUAGUUUAAAUUUAUGGACCCUGUUGUUGUUGAAUAUUAUUAGAAACUCCACACCGUUUAGGGUGUCUGUAGGGCAAAAUGAUGAUGAGAAUUGUGUGAUGCUUAAUGGAAAGAUGUUAAAUUUUGUGAUAUGGAGCCAUGUAAUUUUUUUCUAAUAUAAAAGCGAACAUCUAUAUUCCUAAGACUAGAUCCUCAGUCUCUUUGCAUCAUACAUACUGGCUUUUGGCACAUUUGGCCCCUGGAAACCCCACCAAAGAGGAGAAAUGCAGAGGUAGAAUAGAAUUUUCUUCUGGUUGCUCUGUACUGGCAAGACUAAUAGUAAUUUUAGCUAACCUUUACUGAGCAUUUGCUUGUGGCUGGUAGUGUGAUAAAAUCUUUAAGUGGAUUGCCUUGUUUAAAUCCUCUUUAAUAGUCCUACCUGAAGUAGAUAAUGAUGAUCCCUAAUUGAAGGCGAGGAAGUAGAGACAGUAGAGUGGCUAAAGAGCUUGCUGAGUGACGGGCGGCUGAAAGUACUGUCGCCGCAACCCAAGCCCAGGCAGCCUGGCACUUUUUAACUGCCAGCCAUUCCUGCCGCCCUUUGCUGUCCCCUGCGUUUGCCACCGUUUCUGACAGUGGCUCUUCUGCUGGAUAGGACGUAACAACAAUUGAGAUUGAGGAAUCAGCCACUGAAGGGGACAAACCACACCUAAAUAAUGCUGAACAAAUCAAGACCUACAAAAAUCAGCAACAUAGAUGCUUUUAAAGCAUCAUCACUUAUCAGAUUCACAGACUGUGAACUGGUGAAAAGUAGGGGUCAUCUGUAACUCCCCAAAUUCACUGUUCUUGAAUGAGCGCCUCAAACUAUUUAUUAAUGAGCUUAGCUAACUCCUGCUUUCUGUUUUCCCCUCUCUGCAUCUUUUCUUGGUAUAGGAAGUUCUUUCACUCCUGUAGUGUUCUUUUAUAUAAGCUUUUUAAGAAAUUCAUUCCGAUCCCAUCCUAUAUAUUUUUGUUCUUAAAGUGUGUGCGUGUGUGUGCUGUGCGUGUAUGUGGUUACAUGUGUAAGACUGUGGGUCUUAAUUUUUUCACAUGUAGAGUUUUAUCCCUUUACACAUUAUGUUGAGGUGAAAAAGAUAAUGUUCAAAGAUUCUGUAAUAGAUUUGGAUCUGUGCGUGUGUGUGUUUUUAAAGCAUUUGAUAAAGUUUAAAUGUUUUUAUACAGAGAAUUUUGUUCAUUAAAAUCAACCCACAAUAUGGUCUGA